UUGAAAUUUGUAAAACUUAUCAUGUGGGGUUAUCCGGUCUUUUUAUUUUUGUUUUGCUUUGCUCAACAGUUCUAAGAGCCUACAAACGCAAAAGGAACCCUGGUUGUAAGCAAAGUCUCUCAGGGCCCCAAGUGUGUGGAGGCCUGCAGUUAGGCACGACAAGUGUACGCCUUAUGCCACCGACGGUGAGCACAAUUCUCCAUGCGCAGACCUUUAGGAGACUACUUGUUGUCGGAAGUGGAGACUCUGCAUUGAGUGCUCAGCUUGCGUCUGAGAAGGCGUUGAAGCCGGAAUGGGAGGUGAUCAGCAUCGACUUUUCUUCAGAGGUCACCGAUCGAAUGAAGAUUCGUUUCCCAGAGUUAGCUUUCUUGACAAUGGAUGCCAGGGCUCUCUCCUUCGAAGAUGCUUCUUUUGGAGCCAUUGUAGAUAAAGGGCUUUCAGAUUGCAUUGGUAGUGUCACCGAGCGGCGAAAGUAUUUUCAGGAGCUGCGGCGGGUUGCUGUUGAUGGUGGAAGGCUGCUGGUUCUUUCACAGAGACAUCUACAAACAGAGCAAGACAUUCUGGAUCAAACUGAUGAGGAUGGUAGCGACCUGGGUCCGAGCUGGCUUUGCAAACGCGAGGAAGUGUAUGGGGCCCUUUUUGUGGAGAAUGAUCCCACGCGGCCACCCUUUCCUCAACCCGGCACCGACAACACCAUCCCGUACUUCUUGUUGGUUUGCACGACAAAUGAAGACACUGCCGAGCAGAGCAUGACAUGAGAAAAA